CGCCCGCCGGCUGCGCCCCAGCGGAGCAUGCACUGACUGGCUGCCUCGGCUCCGAGCCUUCCCAGGCGCCGGGGUGCGCGUUGCAUGGUGCGGGGAUACACGGUCUCGAUAAUAAAUGAUAGAGGAUACAAUGACUUUGCUGUCUCUGCUGGGUCGGAUCAUGCGUUACUUCUUGCUUAGACCGGAGACCCUGUUCUUACUGUGCAUCAGCCUGGCCCUGUGGAGUUAUUUCUUCCACACGGAUGAGGUGAAAACCAUUGUUAAGUCCAGCAGGGAUGCGGUGAAGAUGGUGAAGGGCAAGGUGGCCGAGAUCAUGCAGAAUGACAGGCUCGGGGGGCUAGACGUGCUGGACGCAGAGUUCUCCAAGACCUGGGAGUUCAAGAGCCACAACGUGGCUGUCUACUCCAUCCAAGGCCGGAGGGAUCACAUGGAGGACAGGUUCGAAGUAAUCACUGACCUGGUGAACAAGACUCACCCCUCCAUCUUCGGGAUAUUUGAUGGGCACGGAGGAGAGUCUGCAGCAGAAUAUGUGAAGUCCCGCCUGCCUGAAGUCCUAAAACAACAUCUUCAAGACUAUGAGAAGGACAAGGAGAACAGUGUGCUGUCUUACCAAACCAUCCUGGAACAGCAGAUUUUAUCAAUCGAUCGAGAAAUGCUGGAAAAAUUGACUGUAUCCUAUGAUGAAGCAGGUACAACUUGCUUGAUCGCGCUGUUGUCGGAUAAAGAACUCACCGUGGCCAACGUUGGUGAUUCGCGAGGCGUCUUGUGUGACAAGGACGGAAACGCCAUCCCCUUGUCACACGACCACAAGCCCUACCAACUGAAAGAGAGGAAGAGGAUUAAGAGAGCUGGUGGUUUUAUCAGCUUUAAUGGCUCCUGGCGCGUGCAGGGGAUCCUGGCCAUGUCCCGCUCCUUAGGAGAUUACCCUCUGAAGAACCUGAACGUUGUCAUUCCUGACCCUGAUAUUCUUACCUUUGACCUGGACAAACUGCAGCCAGAGUUCAUGAUCUUGGCCUCGGAUGGUCUGUGGGAUGCCUUCAGCAACGAGGAAGCUGUGCGAUUCAUCAAGGAACGCUUGGAUGAACCACACUUUGGGGCAAAGAGUAUAGUUCUACAGUCCUUUUACAGAGGAUGUCCCGAUAAUAUAACAGUGAUGGUGGUGAAGUUCAGGAAUAGCAGCAAAACAGAAGAACAGUAGUUACUGGCAGUUCUCUGCCUCUCUCUGAACUUCAAACAAACUCUUACAUUUUAAACAUAGUAGAAAGCUCUAGUAAAUGCCGUUAAGAUUCUACACAAAAAGGAACAGAUCCCUCUGGUCUUUGUUCUUUGCUUAACAAAAGCAGCAAUACAACAAAUACAUUCUGAGUGAUGAUAAGAAUUAAGUUUGUUCACAUGUACCUGUCUCCCGUGACCUUGCUGCUCCUUAGAUAAACUAACUGUAACCUUCCAUUGCACAAUUUUCUUUUACAAAUCCUCUGUGGACGUCUCGUUGGGUUCCUCACCUCUGGUUUGUGAUGGGCGGAGGUUCCGUGGGGCGCAGGGCAGGGUCGGGGCUGGGCAGCAGGUGAGAGGAAAGAUGCUGCUUUUCACCCGGGGGUGGGACUCUUCAGAAAAGAUGCUCUCGUGUUUCUCAUCUCCUUUCUUUUUUCAUCUGCAGUGAUGAGGUUGUACAGAAAAAGGUUUGCGGUAAUUGGCCUGUUGUUGAUAGGAAGGAGGAGGAGGAGGCAGCUGUUAGCCUGCUGCCACGGAACCGGCUCUCUCGCUUUGUUAUCCUCCCCCCCCUCCUGAAAUAAAUCCCCGCCGAGCAUGUGAUGAGGUGUAAUUACUGAAUUACCCGCAGCCACACGUUGGUGCAGUCUGUGCAUUACUCUAAUAACAUUUCUUCUAUGCCAUAUUGUAUUCCAACCAACCCAUGUUAAACUCCGGCGAAAUGCUCUGAGGUCUGACACCUUCUGUAUCAAAAAAUAGCUCUGCUGUGACAGAAGAAAGUCUGUCACUCACCCAGACUCACCCUGACGUUAGGUUUUUGGCAUGGACUUCUCGUAGGCGUGUAAAGAAAGUAAUGCAAGGUUAAAUUAAUUUCGUUAGUGACUGUUUGGAAAGCUAAUCAAAACAGAGCACUCCUUAGAGCUACCUAGGUGGAAGUCAAGCUUAUUAAAGACUUCCUUGUGCCACUGCAGAUUAAUUAGUGGUGUUAAUCCAGGGGAAGACCACUUUAGAACCCUUUUUUUGGUACAAUGUAUGAAUGCCAGGCAGUGUCGCUGCGCUGUAGAGAGGAAAGCUUGUGUUAAAUCUAGGUAAAAAUACGUUUAGGUCUAACUUUAAGUAUUUAAUUGUAUUUUGGAAUCUGUGACUACUGUAGGUUUAAACAAUGAGUCUGAGUUUGCUCUACAUCUGAUAACUGCUUCGUGAUGGAGAGGCAGUGGCAGCAGAGUGACAGGGCAGUCGCGUGUGAGAGGGACAGAGCCAGGGCCUGAGCUGGGGGUCAGUGUUUUGGGUGGCUGCUGGACCUGGAUCGGGUCUCAUCAUAAUCUUUGGGAUUCCCUCCCCGCAAAAACAUGGUCCUGGACUAUUUGCUGAAGUCUCUUGUCUUCAAGGUGAUGGAGGUUGUCAGUAUUUGGGUCCUGAAGGUCAAUCAGGGAUAUUAGACAUUAACUUUGCCUGUUUCUCAUAACCACCUGUAGCGUUUCUGGGCAGGUGGCUGGCUGGUCCCUAAAACACUGUGAUGUGGUUGUGCUGAGUGGGUGUGAUGCCUCUCCAGACAAAACCAAAAAGAGCACAAAUUCUUCUUUCCGCUCGAGAAGGAAUCCCCAUCUUAGUCUUUUCAUUUUUGUUCCUGUGUUCCCCAACAAACUUCCCUCCUCUGAUUGUUCGGAGACAAUCACAACUGUUAAUUGGCUCUGUGGCUGUUCAAUUUGUAUGUGUAGCCUUUAGCAGCCUCUGCUCAGCCCAGGCGCUGGGUAGAGCCCCUUCACCCUGAGGAACAGACCAGUGCAAAGCAGAAGUACGAGCGAGCCUAGAAACCAGCAGGCACCCGGCCUGCACUGGCCCUUCCCCGCGCGAUGGAAGGUUUCCGACUUCUUAAAUCUCUUGAACGGUGCAUUGAGUGAAUUUUAAAUGCAACUUCGCAGUUAAAUUGAGCAGCUAACAGGAAAUGUUAAUAAUUGCAGAGCGCUUCAGUCACUUUAUUUGGCAAAGCUCUUUGAGGUCAGAAGGCUGUGAAAUGCAAACCUGGUGUGAUAUUUUCGUGGGAGCGCGUCACGGCGCUCUCGCAGUGCCCCGGCAGCAGGAUGGAAGGGGUGCUCCAGGCAGAGCUCACGGUGCGUGUAGUGUUUGCCUUUCCUUUCUCCUUCACAGAUGAGGUUUCCCUUGAGCUGGCUUUUCUUUGUAGGACACUGCCUGGGUGUUUGUCAAAACAGCUGCCCAGCGAAAAGAAGAAUUAGCCCCAGCAGCCCACAGAACUGUAAAGCAGAGAGACGCUCGUACGGCAGAGACAUCACUUCUAAUCCUUCACAGGCACUUGAGAAGCUGGAACUGGAAGAAUGGUCAGCUCAAAAAAAACACCCCCAUUAUAGACUAAGGCCACUGGAGUGAAAAGCUCUUGGCUGCCACUAAGCUUGGGGCAGCUCAGGUUCUGGAGGUGAGUGAGUGUAGCUGAGGGAUGCCCGACCUCCUGAGCAGGGCUGGCUGGUUGCUCUGGUGCUCGAGGUGGACAGAAAAAGGAGGUGGCAGGAAGGGUGCCCAUGGAGAGAGCCCCGGUCAGUGAGGAGGCAGGGGGAGGGCGGCUGGCUCUGCGGUGAGCCAGGCUCACGGGAUGGUGCACACAGUGCAGGGCAGCACACAGCUGCCUGCAGCCUUGUCCGGGGGAUUAUUCCAGGAUUCAGUGACUCCGUCACUCACAGGCCCAGCCAGCCAGUACCCAAUCAGCCCUGCUUCAACCUUCAAGUGUCUGCAGUUGCAACAACAGUUGUUUUAGCACCUUCAGUUUUCUCUGCAACACUCCCACCUUUCUAGCGGCUCCCUGUCCUGGCCAAAGACAUUCAUGCCAAUGAUCUCUGGUAAGGUUGACUUUUCAUUUUAAUUACUGUAAAAAGCUAGUUACAGCUACUUUAUAUUUAAAUAUGAAGGACUAAUGGAGUCUGUGAGAUGAGAGGCUUUGUGCAGUCUUCCACAUACAUGCCCAGUGCCUACCUAUAACCCCUGCUAGAGGUCUCCUAAGUUACCCAGUUCUAGACAUUCAUCACUUCCCAGUCACCAAAUGCUGUCUGUGCCAAAUUCUGUCGUGAUCCAUACAGCUGUAUGACAAGAUUUAAUGUACAUACUGCUUAUGCAACCUAAACAAUCUAGGGUCUGAUCCUCCACUGCCUUAAUAAUAUAUCCUACAUCUGAUAGAGCUGCCAGACACCGUAGCCAGAAAUUACCCCCUGGUGUGCUCCAGCAGGGUGCCAGGACGUGCUGCAGCACGGGGGAGGCAGGGCUCCAGUGCCCCUCAGGGUGCUGCCCUGCCUGGGCACCUCUCCAAAAAGAAGGGAGAUGCAUUUAGGUUGAAGUGGUUGCUCACAUCCAGGAGCUCCCCUCUUGCCCGGCAUCUUCAUGGAAAUUUUUUGCAGCUGAAGCCAGAGUAGCUCCGUGGGUGAUACUGUUCAUGAUGGCUUCUGAUGGCAGAAAACUGAUAUAUUAAGUUGCUGCCAAAGAGCAUCUUUUGUAUGGUCCGAUAUGAAAAAAAUGUACCUUGUAAUUAGUCAUCUGAUGCAGCACUUGGAAAAAUCUGGGCUCUUCCCAGUGGUGAUGCAAGUUAAAAGUAAGUAAGAGCUUAACUGCAUCUUAAAGCUACUUCCAUUUAGCUUUUCAUUCUGAGUACAGACGACCUUUAGUUUAUGGUUGUGGUUUGGGAAAGGCCGUUCAUGGGUACAAGGAGAGGGGCGCAGCCCUCGCCGCCGCUCUCUCCCGGUGCCGGCCGCGUUCGCUGGGAUCACAGCGCCCUCUAGCGGCUGCCCUGCCCGAGCUGGGGAACCCACCGGCCUCCCUUAACCUUAACGGCUCAACACCCCGCAGCGCCUCCGGCUCACUCACCCCUCCGUGGGCAUCUUCCCUGCGUGGGCCGCUCCGCUGAGGACGCUCGGUGCGUGGGAUCCGGGCGGUUGGCAGGCUCUGGGUGGCAGGAGAUGCUAUUCCGUGUCGUGUAAAAUCUACGCCUCUUCUUUUGUAGCCACAUCCGGCGCUAGCGCUGGGGGCAAACUGAUGCUGUGAGGCCCGCGGCACCACCGCCCUUCCUAAAAUGGCUCAAAAUACAAAAUUUGAAAUGAGUGAGCCUGUUCUGCUGAAUAGAAUGUUAAGGUAAAUAUAAAUAAACGCCAUCUAAG